AUGUGACAUGGUCUCUUACUCAACAUUUGCGUUUGUGGGGCUAAAAACAACCAAAAGAUCUUUAAUUUCUCCUCUGACCAGACUCUGCCACGCCUUGCAGAAGCAUCCACAAGCUUUUUUAAUAGGCCAAGGUACCUUUUCCGCCCUUCACUGUGUCCAUCAAUUCUUUGUUGCAAACCUUUUGAGCCAUGUGAUAUCCUCCUACCUCAGAAACCAAGAGUUCAAUGUUUUUUAGUAGUUUGUACUUUUACCCUCUUCCUAGUACAACCGGUUCAAGUUGAAAAUAAUUUUUCUGCAUAUUAGUUCUACUUCAAAUUUUGAGUUCCCACGUAGAAGAUAUCAUCAUUAGUUAUCACCAAUCUACUGAUUUACUUUGUCCUUUUACUCUCUAUAGAAUAGCAGGUAGAUAACAUUACUAUAGGUCACAUAAAGAAGCAUCUGAGUAAUUAAACUUUUGUUUGUAUAUAUUCAUAUGGCUUUGUGAGUGGGUAAAAGGAAUCUGAGAGAUUGUAAUGGCAGGUGUUGGUUUUUGGGGACCAGUAUCAGUGGCAGAAUUGUCACAUUUCAAAGGCUGUAGACAGCUAUUGAUCUUUGAUGUGGUAGAGUUGUUUUAGCUUAAUCUAUGAUUUUGAGUUCUUUUUUGAGGAAAGGCAUUUGUAUUAAAUAUUUAAAGGGAGAAUUUUAUUAAGUAUAGUAAUUUUAUUUGGUUAAAACAAGAUUAUCUUUUGCUAAGAAAACCUGGAGUCUAGAAAAAAUAAAAAAGGCUGUGGACACUGCAGCAGAUGAAAGGAUACAAGCAACUAUAGUAAAGAGCAAUAGCAAACAAAGUAUGGUGUGUUUGCCCAAAGAAAACCUAUGAGAAAACAAACCCUCAUAAGAAAAAGUAGAGAGCCACAAAGAAGAGGAAAAAAAAAGAGAGAUAAUUAUUAAAAAAGAAAAAACUGGAUUUCAGUGGGAAUCAGCAUCAACCAUUAUGCCAUAUAAAAAGAGCACAUGAAUCACAAAAUCAACACUUUCCUAGCGCAUACACUCAUUAUCAAUAUCCUCAUUCACUAUCCCAAAACCAACCUCAAUAUGCAAAAGCCAUAACAAGUCCUCACCAAAUAGAACCACCCACUUUGAACCAAACCAUAAAACACCAAAAGCAUAAUAGAGGAGGAACAAUUACAAAGGGUAUGAGGAGCAGCGGAGGAGAGAUUGUUCAAGUAGAAGGAGGGCACAUUAUUAAGUCCACAGGUAGAAAAGAUCGCCACAGCAAGGUUUACACUUCCAAAGGGCCACGUGAUAGAAGAGUUAGGCUUUCAGCACACACAGCCAUCGAGUUCUAUGAUGUUCAAGAUCGUCUUGGCUAUGACAGACCCAGCAAGGCCGUGGAUUGGCUCAUCAAAAAGGCAAAACCUUCCAUUGACAAGCUUGCUGAGCUUCCUCCUUUUCAUCCAAGUACUAAUGAGGAAGACCAAAAUAAUGCUGCAGGCUCAAGUACCAUCAUGACCAUUGCACAAGAACAACAACAACAUUCAGAGUCUUGUGGUUACAACUUUCAGCUCCAAAGGCAAUUAGGUGCAUUCAUUUCACCCCAAGUUGACACUGACCCUAUUGCUUUGUUUCCCACAACCUCUACUACCUCCUCCAUCAAUUUUCAAAACAACAACCCUACACAAAACCUUGGCCUAUCUCUCCAUUGUUUCCAAGACCACCCUGGUCUCAUUCAUUGGCAGUCACAACAAGAUGGUGCAAAUCAAACACCUCCUUCAAAUGAACACCAAAUUCAAACCCUUUUUGGCUCAACCCCUAUUGGGUUCGAGAAUGAAAACCAAUACCACAGAAUUGUGACUUUGAACAAUGAAGCAGCAGCAGCAGCAGCAACAACUACAACAACAACCACUGAUCAUGUUAACAGAUUGGGGUUCAUGCUCAACUCACAGCCAUUUCUAGGCCAUGGUUCUGCUUCAGUAUAUUCUCAAAGUGGGACCCUUCAGUCCAAUUUCUCAUUUCCAAUGACUUCCUCUGAGCAUCACAGGUCCCCACCAAUUCACCAAGCUUCCAUCUUUGGUAGCAGAUUUGUGUCUGACGGAUUAGCUGGGUUCUGCAUUCCAGAUAGAAUUCAAGGUGUUGAAGAGAAUCAUGAAAUUGCUUCCAAUGGGCCUUCUUCUUCUUCUCCUAGUUCUAUCCAUUGAGCCCACAAGAAGAACUGAGCAAUGUUGAAGCUUUCCUAUCAUCAGGAGCAUUCUCUACCAAAUUUGGAACUAAGUGAAGAUUCAAUUGGGUACAUUUUUCUGCAAAGUUUGCUUUUCCAUUUGGCUUUCCUUUAUUGGUUUUAAUUUAAAAGUUAGUUCCCUUGAUUCAACCUUGCUAUAUAUAUAUAUAUAUUUGUUUAAUAUAUAUUGAUGUAGAUGGCCUUGAGUUGAAUUUCGUGGUCUGUUUUGUGAAUUUUGAGAUUUCCGAAUAACAUAUUUCAUCCUAUAUCUAGUGAAAAUCAGAGUUUACAUGUCUAUUCUUGGAGAAACCCACUUCAAGAAAAACAGAAUCUAAUGUGAUUUGGAUUUAUUCUCUCCUGUGAUAGAAAGAGAACAUGGCCUCCCUUUUUCCUUGCCCCUCAAGUACGACAUUUAAAGGAACACUUUGGAAGUCAAACAUUUCCUUAAACCAUUUGGCAGUGACAGUGUAUUUGUGUGUCAGCUUCAAGUUCACGCUACAGAACUGUCAAUAAAAACUCUAUUAAUGUAUGCAGAUUGUUUUUUUUUUUUUUAAUCUAAUAAGGCUAAUCCUUUCACAUUUGAUAUGUUAAUGAGUUUUUUUAAUAUAUUUCACAGACAUGUAAUAAAAAUUUAUGUAUUAUAAUUUUUAUGAAAAAUAUUACAAGAUUGAAUAUAUUGAUGAUGUUAAAUAUUAUAUUUUUUAAUUAAAAUCUUAUUUGUUGAUUUUCUUAUGUAUCCUUGAAUACAUAUUAAAAAACUUGGGUAAUGAGCUUGAGUUUUCUUAAGCUUAAUUCUGAGAGUUGGAUUUAACCAUUUUUAUUAAAAACAUUGUUAACAAUUUCUAAUAAUCCUAUGGAAUAGUUUCAGCAGUUGCAUGAGAUUCUUCUUUAUAUGUUGCUCUAUAAUUGUACCUUCAUACACGUGGUAGUUGAAGCAGCAGAGAUAAUGGUCAUCAUUGGUUAUAAGUUACCCUACACAUAAUUAUAGGCUUCAAUGGCAUUACAAAUUACAAUCAAACUAUGUGACAUUUAAUUUAGAAGAAAAGUUGAACAAUACUAUGAGAGCUACCUAUGCACUGCAUAUAGUGUGGUAAUGUCGCUUUCCUUUAACACACACACAAAGUUAGGGAUAGCAUAUAGAGCAUAGGAAUUUGAAUUUGAUCCCACCUUGCUAGAACUUUUUAUUGUGCUGACUUGAAACUAUUUAUAUCAAAACUUGAAAGGACAUUGAAAUUGUAAUAUAGGACGGUAGAUAUCCAACUUAAUGCUGCUUCAUUUGUCUAAUUUAAUUAGUAUUAGUAGGCUAACGUUAGCAUUUGGAAAAUGUGAUUCUGCAACUCUAUCUGCUAGAGUACCAUAAUCACAAACUUGUCAACGUAGUUAGCAAUAAAAUCGCUUCCUAGUACAAGUUAAAUGUAAGGGCUUGUUUGUGAUUACCCAAUUCUAUAGAGAACAAAAAAGUACAAAUAUUUUU